AUGAUCAAACCACUUCGUCUUUACCAGAUACCAUGGUCUCAUUAUUGUGAUAAAGUUCGUUGGGCAUUGGAUUAUAAGGAGAUUCCGUACGAAUUGGUUACUUUCAAUGCAUUUGGUAAAACGAAAGGUUUGGAAAGAGCACCUAAAAGUUUACGUAAAUUGACCCCGAUACUUGAAGAUCCAAACAGUAAAGAUGAUAAUUCGUUUCUAUCUGAUUCAACACCGAUUUUACUCUAUUUGGACGCUCGAUAUCCUAAAAUAUCGAAAUCAUUACUUCCAUUAUCCAGUGAACAACGUCAACAGGUUAUUGAUACAUGUGUACGUCUUGAUUCUGGACUAGGUCUGUACGCGCGUCGACUUGCAUAUGCUCAAAUGUUUAAAGAAAAGCAAAGUGCAAUUUCUCUUUUACUCGGUGAAAGAUUUUCAUGGGCCUAUAAUCCAGAUGAUAUUCGUUCACGUUUAGUCAGUCCAUUUCUUGCUUCGUUUAUGAUUGCUCGAUUUCGUCUUCAUCGCCUUCGUGAUGAUCAAGUACGAGAAAAAACUGAACAAAUUCUUUUAGAAAUUGGAGAUCGUUUACGUAAAAAUGAUUAUCUGAUCGGUGAUCAGUUUUCGGCAGCUGACUUAACAUUUUGUUCGCUUGUCAAACCAUUACGAUGGAUACCUUACUUUGCUGAUGAUCGUCGUUUUCAAAUUAUUUUCAAGUACUGCGAAGGUAUUCGACGAAAUCACGAUCCAAAAUAUCCGAAUAUUGAUAAUUUUCUUGAAAAAUUGCUCGAAAAUAAUCGUAUACAAAUGAAAAAACGUCAAGAAAGUUUAUUUUAUCGUGUCAAAGCAUUCAUGCAUCAAAUUAAUUUUCUACAACGAUUUUUUACUGCUUUUAUGGUCAUGUUUAUGAAAAACUUUUAUGGGCCAUCAACCGACGAUGAAGAAGUGCCACUAUUUAAACCAUCAAUAUCCGAAAACAAACCAACAAACGAAGCACUUAAUGAUCAACGACGCGUUAACAUCAAGUCGAAAUGGUCGCUUAUCAAAUUUUUAUGUAAAUAUCAAUGUCAUCUGCUAUUUACAAUGCCACGGCAAAAUUUAUAUAUCGAAUCAGGAGCAUAG